ACUGUUUCUCUGCCUCCUGCAGCUGUAGCGGUGCUCGGAGCCUGUGGAGCCAGCAGGUGGUACUCUACCGUCGGCGGAGUCCCACUGUUGAAUGCGUGCAGCCGGCUGGAAGAAAGCUGUAAAACUACAAAGAGGAGAGAACUGAGCAACACUGAGGAGGGCAGAAACAAAGAGGCUGUUUGUUCUCCAGCGGAAGAUGGACACUCGCAGGAACGCAGUAACUUCAGUCGCCGGGGUCAGCAGCUCUGCCUCCGCCGGGUUGUGACUCCUCGGGCUCCGCAGAGGUGAACAGUGGACGCCGGUGGUCAGGACCGGACGGCACGUACACUUUGCGGGUUACGGCAGGGACACUUUGCGGGCUGCAGCAGGCUGUGUGCGGCGCUUUGCGGUGAAGCCUCCCCCUGGAGAAUAAAGCAUUUUUUAGCUCAGAGUGAAAGAAAGAGCAGACUGGGACAGCAGUGCGGAAUUAUUGUGAGAUAAAACAAAGGGUCGCCAGAGGUCUACACCGAAAUGGGAAAAGAAGCCACAGCCACCUUUUAAGAUGUUUCCUCACCACAGAGAAAGGGAGCAGCCAAUCUUCAGUUCCCGGGCCCAUGUUUUCCAGAUCGACCCCGCCACCAAGAGGAACUGGAUCCCCGCCAGCAAACAUGCCGUCACUGUGUCUUUCUUCUAUGAUGCCAACCGUAACGUCUACCGCAUCAUCAGCGUGGGCGGGACCAAGGCGAUCAUCAACUGCUCGGUCACACCCAGCAUGACGUUUACCAAGACGUCCCAGAAGUUCGGUCAGUGGGCGGACAGCAGGGCCAACACUGUGUACGGGCUGGGGUUCGCUACAGAGCAACAGCUGCACCAGUUCUCCGAAAAGUUUAAGGAGGUGAAAGAUGCAGCUCGUCUGGCAAGAGAGAAGUCGCAGGACAAAGAACUGGCCAACACUGCGCUUUCCAUCGCUGCUCCUCAGUUCUCACAGGACCUCUCGGACGAACUCCAGUCUCCACCGGUGAUGUGUGUGAACGGACCCGAGGACAAGCUGUUCCGCAGCCAGAGUGCAGACAUCACCCUGUCCUCCGAGAAGGAGCGCAUUAAGAAGAUGCUCUCUGAAGGGUCGAUCUGUGAGAUGAACCUGGAUACCGAGCUCUUCACUCUGCAGGACAGCAACACCAAGCUGGUGGCAGCGCUGCAUGAGGCUAAUGCUAAUGUGGAGCAGUGGAAGAAACAGCUGGCAGCCUAUCAGGAGGAGACGGACAGACUCAGAGAGCAGUUGGCUGAGAUAGAGGCCCAUGGGGGCCACGGCCCCAGCGACCUGCUGAAGGACGAGCUGACCCAGUCCCUGGAGGAGCUGGAGGCCCUGCUGAAGGCCAAGGAUGAGGAAAUCCACAUUUUGCAAAACAAGAAAGUGGAGUACCACGACAUGGAGCACGACAGGGACGAGGCCAUUCACAGAUUACGGGAGACGGAGAUGCGUAACGCAGAGAUGGAGCGCCGCAUCCAGAACACAGAGCAGACGCUGAGUAACUCUCUGGAGGAGCGGGAUCGCAUGGAGUCUGAAAUCCAGAGGGCCAUCGAAAUUCUGGACAUCAAGAUCUUUGACCUCAAUGACCUUCGCCAGAGCCUGGUCAAACUCAUCGACAAAUAAGAGGGGAGAAAACCCAACCCAAGAAAAAGGAACAGAUGACAGGGGUAAAUGUGUCGUGACCAAAGCAGCAGGGAGGAAACAAAACAAGAUGGAGCCGUCCCUCUUCAACAGGAGCAGCUCCUCGGCUGCAGGGUGGCAGCGUACACACGGUUUGCUUGUCCUAUGUAAUGUAACGCUUCAUGUUGCUUUCAAGGGUCACAUUCAAUGCAAUAAAACAACUUUAAGGUAAGUGCUUAACGCCGCUAGACAUUUAUUACAAAAAAUGGGUGCUUGUAGUUUUUCAUAAGUAUGACUUUCGUACAAGUGGCGAUGCAGUGUUAUUAUAAAUAAGAGGCCUUGGUUAUUUUUUCCACUGACAGGGUAUAUUUAAACGUCUUUACAACAAAUGAAGUCUACUAAGUGAAUAAAAGGGAACAAGACUACAUUACUAUUAAAAGGUUUGCCUGCAUAUAUUAUAAUAAUAAUAGAUAAAUGUGUGUGUGGUCUCGUUUAAAAUAGCAACUUUAAUGUUGUUUUAAGUGAAAGCUGAGUGGUUCUAGAUAAGAGCUUUUCCUGCAACAAUAAGCAAUGACAUAUUUUUUAAGGUCAGAAAUAAAAGUAUGCUCAUAGUGUUUAAUAUUCUGGUAAGGCAUGGAAGCACAACUUUGGAUCUGGAUAUGGACACCAAAGAUCAAAUGUGUAGAGCAUCGAUAAGGUCUUUCAGCAGUCGUCCGUUAUCGCAUCAUCAUUUAAACUCGUAAGAAACCUUUAACUUUAAGUACGAUACGUAAUUACACUUAGGAUAAAUAAGAUUUUUUCCCACAUGAUUUAUAUCAAUUAUGAUAUUAGGUAAACACACAAAAUAAGUAAUUGCUUAGUAAUAAUAAGUUUAACUAGUCCUGUUUAAAUAAUCGUCCUGUGCAACAAACUACUGACUUAGUAACUUAUUAACGAUAGACACACAGAGACAUGUUCUGCCUUCUCUCAUUUCUCAGCACAUUACUUAGCUGUGGACAACAUGUUACACACCUUGAGUGUGGCUGUACUGUGUUAAAAGUGUAUUUAUUAAAAAACACAAUGUCUACUUCACGGAGUGUUUUAUCACAAAGACUGUAUUGUUUAACAUUGUCCAGAAUGCUAUGUUUGUAUUAUUGUUUUCAAGCCUUAUUGUUCGCAUUACAAGAAUAGCUGUCGAUAUUAAUGCCAGCUGCGUCUCAAACUUUGAGCUGAUGAUGAUGGUUUGGAAAUAAAAACAAAGA